AAUGUUGAAUAGAAGAGAAGAAAAUUCAAAAGCAACACAAAUUUAGGUUGGGUUGGGACGCAUCCAGCUUCACCCAACACGAUGAGGAGGCUUUACGCCCGCCAUAACAUAAGUUAAGCUGGCACAAAAACUGCAACUGCAACUCCGGGCAGGCAGGCAUCGGCGGACAAGACCCACUGAUGAGGGAGGUUGAGGCUGGGUACGGAUCCAAUGAGUCUAUCCCUAGCGGAGCAACAAGACCCACUGAUGAGGGAGGUUGAGGCUGGGUACGGAUCCAAUGAGUCUAUCCCUAGCGGAGCAACAAGACCCAGUGCUGCUCCAUUACGUCGAUGCAGCAUCUCAAAAGUUGCAGAAAGCUCGUCGAUUUCAUGGAGGACCACGGCUGUCAGCUUCAGCAAUGGGGAAUGGGCAAGUUAUCCAGCACUUGUCUUUUUGAUUCUGGAUAAGUUAUUAGAACCCAUUGACCAUGUCCGUUUUGCUGCCGUCUGCAAGAAAUGGCGUUCUAUGUCCAAAAUCUAUAAUCAGGCAACGCAGCGGUGGCACAACAAACAACUUCUCCCCAUGCUCUUGAUCCCGAACCAGGACAAAAACAACGACCGAAGAGUAUUGUACAGCAUUUCUGAAGGAAGAAUCUACAACAAUAUUCAACUGCAAGUUCCUUUUAAGAGGAGGUGUAGUGGCUCUUGCCAUGGCUGGUUUGCCACAGUUGAUCCAACAGACCAAGGUGUAGUGACCGUAACACUCAGGAACCCUUUCACAAAAGCAAAUCCCAUUUAUCUCCCUCCCUUGAAUGCCCAUGUCUCAGUUUAUGGACCAUCCUACUUUGAGCAUUAUGUUCCUAAGGUUAUCUUGUCCACUGACCCCACUCUGAAUCCGGAGAAUUACGUGGUUGUAGCACUUUACCGUUGCUGGUUUGAGUUGGCUUUCAUCAAGGCAGGCCAAAACUCCUGGACCUACGUCAACCCUGCUGGAACUUCAUAUGGUGAUGUAAUAUUCUAUAAAAGCCAAUUGUAUGCAGUCACAUCAUUUGGAGCGAUUGGGUCAUUGGAUAUUUAUGGUAGUGAUAGUAAUAACCCUUCACAACCACCAUCGAUAAAGCUACUCACACCUCGAAAGCCAUUCCGAUCUUAUUGUUUUCAUGCAUAUCUUGUGGAAUCAACUGAGGGAGACUUGUUGCAUAUACUAAGAUAUUAUGUGCCAAAGGACGGUGCUUUUAGGUUUUGUAAUAGGCAGACACUGGGAUUUGCGGUUUACAAGUGGGUGUUGAACGAUGAAGAAGAAGGAGGUUCUAUUGCGCACAAGGUUGAGGUAAAAAGCAUUGGAGAUGAGGCUCUGUUCGUGGGCGACAAUCAUUCAAUCUCUGUUUUGGCUUCAAACUUUCCUGGAUGUCAGCCAAAUUCCAUAUAUUACGCCGAUGAUUUCCUAUCAACUUCUCCUUUGUCAGAUGGUGAUGAAGCAAAUGAUAUGGGGAUUUUCAACUUGGAAGACGGAACCAUCACGCAACAUUACUCAGUGAAAACCAAUACUCAAAGAGCUAUUUGGGUUGUGCCACCUUUUAAUGGACUAUGUUAGUCUAGCCUCUAAAUCAUCCUACUAUUCAUUGAGCAUUGCCUUGACAAGUUAGGAUGUUUUUGUAGAUUUUUGCUUUAUUUAUUACUGUGUGCCAAUUGGGUUUUUUUUUUCAAACUGAGCUUUUCAUUUUCAUUUUUUAUUUAUUUUAAUUUAAAUAAAGUGUGAAUGUACUAUUUUAUCCCUAUUUAAUAAAGUGUCUUAUAUUUUGUAUUUU